AUGUCCGAAGCCACCUCACGCCUCUUCCAACCCAUACAACUCGGUCGCCUCACUCUACAGCACCGCGUCGUGAUGCCCGCUCUCACUCGCAACCGCGUCGACAAGAAGACGCGCGCCGUCGGAGACAACAUCGCGGAGCACUACGCCCGUCGCGCCAUUGUACCUGGUACGCUGCUCAUCACGGAGUGCACGUACAUCACCCCCAAGGAUGCGGCCAUCAAAAUCUGGCAGUACACUCCUGGGAUCUGGUCGGCAGAGCAGAUCGCGGGUUGGAAGAAGGUCGUCGACGGCGUACACGCGCGCCAAUCUUUCGUCUUCAUCCAACUCUGGGCCAUAGGGCGAGAGGCAGACCCCGACAUUCUAGCCGCACUUGACUCAAGCUUUCCAUACAUCUCAGCGUCGGGUAUACCCAUCGACAGUACGCGCCGUCUUCCUCGUGCCAUCACCCACGAAGAGAUGAAGGAGUACGUACGUCUCCAUGCAGAGGCCGCCAAAGCCGCUGUGGACGAGGCCGGGUUCGAUGGUGUUGAGGUCGAUGUGGGCGGCGGAUACCUGCUCGACGAGUUCCUCAAAUCGUUCCUGAACCAUCGCACGGACGAAUACGGAGGCAGUCCUGAGAACAUGGCGAGGUUCCCGCUGGAGGUCGUAGAUGCAGUUGUGCGCGAGAUCGGCGCGGACAGAGUCGGCAUGAAGCUCACGCCUUGGGAUACCCUUCGUACGGGUUCUGAGAAUGAGGACCCCAUUCCGGCCUUCUCUUACUUCAUAUCAGAAGUACGAAGGCGCCAUCCCGACUUUGCCUACAUACAUGCCGCUGAGCCUCGCUAUGGCACGGUUAACUUCGGCUUACCCAAACAUGAUCACGAAUCGAACGACUUCCUGCGCGAUAUCUGGAAAGGCAAGGUCUAUAUCGCGGGCGGCGGAUACACGCGCGAGACGGCUAUGAAGCAGACCGACGCAAAUGACAACGAGCUGAUCGCGUUCGGGAGGAACUACACUUCGAACCCUGAUCUGCCCAUCCGGCUUCAGCAUAAUAUCCCGCUGACGCCGUACGCACGGGAGACGUUCUAUGCAGAGCUCAGUUCUGCCGGGUACAACACCUUUGGGCUCGCCGAUGAAAGCAAGAAGAUACUUGCUGCGCGCGGUGUUGACGUUGAUGGACACGUGUGA